GCGCCGCCCGCCGGCCUGCCAUGGAUUCCGGCCCCGACGGCCCGGUCGCCCCUGGCCCUGCCGCCAUCCGCGAGGGUUGGUUCCGCGAGACCUGCAGCCUGUGGCCCGGCCAGGCCUUGUCGCUGCAGGUGGAGCAGCUCCUGCACCAUCAGCGCUCGCAGUACCAGGAUAUCCUUGUCUUCCGCAGUAAGACCUACGGCAACGUGCUAGUGUUGGACGGCGUCAUCCAGUGCACCGAGAGGGACGAGUUCUCCUACCAGGAGAUGAUUGCUAACCUGCCCCUCUGCAGCCACCCCAACCCGCGCAAGGUGCUGAUCAUUGGGGGCGGGGACGGCGGCGUCCUGCGGGAAGUGGUGAAGCACCCCUCCGUGGAGGCCGUGGUCCAGUGCGAGAUUGAUGAGGAUGUCAUCCAAGUGUCUAAGAAGUUCCUGCCAGGUAUGGCUAUUGCCUACUCCAGCUCAAAGCUGACCCUCCAUGUGGGCGACGGUUUUGAGUUCAUGAAACAGAACCAGGAUGCCUUCGAUGUUAUCAUCACUGACUCCUCAGACCCCAUGGGCCCGGCCGAGAGCCUCUUCAAGGAAUCCUACUACCAGCUCAUGAAGACUGCCCUCAAGAAGGAUGGCAUUCUCUGCUGCCAGGGUGAAUGCCAGUGGCUGCACCUGGACCUCAUCAAGGAGAUGCGGCAAUUCUGCAAGUCGCUCUUCCCCGUGGUGGCCUACGCCUACUGCACCAUCCCCACCUACCCCAGCGGCCAGAUUGGCUUUAUGCUGUGCAGCAAGAACCCGAGCACCAACUUCCGGGAGCCAGUGCAGGAGCUGACACAGCCACAGGUGGAGCAGAGGCAGCUGAAAUACUACAACUCAGACGUGCACCGGGCAGCCUUUGUGCUGCCCGAGUUCGCCCGCAAGGCCCUGAAUGACAUGAGCUGAGCCUGGAGCUGCUGCUGCCGCCACCAUCCAGAAACCUCAGUCCAGGGAGCCCCAGGGUGCUUGGGCACCCGCAGCCCCACACAAGAAAGACCCUGUGUGGGCUCUCACCCACCCACCAAGUGUUACCGGCCCCAGAAUGCUGCUCAGCCUACCCUGCUGGGCGGACUGUCUGUCUUUCUCUCCACGUGGCGUCCAGCCUUCAAGCCUAUACCAGCUGUGUACAGCGCCUUCUCUGCCUUCUGUUGCCCCUCGCUCACCAAACACGUAUUUAUAACAAA